CAGAUCCCCUUCUCUCUCCACCGAUCCACUCCCGCCGCCGCCUCUCCCCCCGAUCCACUUCCUGUCGAUGACUCAGAUCCCCUCCUCUCUCCCUCGAUCCACCCCUCCCCUCACGCCGCCGCCGUCCCCCGCACCGCCGCCUCUCCCUUCACGAUCCAGCCCCGCUCCCUUCACGCCCUCGACGCCGCCACUGACGGCGCCCGACCCUCCCCUCGAUCUCAGAUCGCAUCGAGCUCCCCCUCUCCCUCCCUUCUCCCUCCCACCUCUCGAAGCUCCCGCGUCCCACCGUCGAACUCGGGCAGCCGAGCGGCAGGGGCAUCCCCGGCGCCGUCGAUCCCGGCCAUGGCCCGCCCCCACGCCCCAGCCUCGCGGAAUCAAGCCCGGCCCCUCCGUCCGCGACCUCCUUAUCCCUCCACGGCCAUGGCCUCGGCCUCCCUUCCCCGACCGCCAAGACGUUGGCGCGGAGGCUGCUCUCCACCAGCCCCAGCAAAGGUACUGCGCAGUCGCACCGGCGGAUGGCAAGUUCAUGCCGGUCAUCGACAGGAAGGCCGGCUACUCCUUCGUCUACCCAUUCGGAUGGCAGGAGGUGUCUGUGCAAGGGCAGGACAAGGUGUACAAGGAUCUGAUCGAGCCGCUGGAGAGCGUCAGCAUCAACAUGACCCCCGCCACCAAGGAAGACAUCCUCGACCUCAGCCCGCCUGACCCCGCCGUCCGCGAGUGGACCUCAAGACUGCCGUGAACCACGCCGAUGACGUCCUCGACGACUUCCGCUAUGAGGUGCUACGCCGCCGUGCAACCCAGAUCCGCCGCCGCUGCUCCACUGCUCGCAAGGUUCGUCCUACCUUCUCUUCCCACUCCGGCUGGCUCUGUUUGAGAGCUCUGUAAAUUCCUAUGCACUACAAAUACACUGUAUAUAAGUGAAUACACUUCUGCUUGUAAGAAGGUGUUUGGUUGGACGGUAAACUUGCUGCGCAACUGGACCUCGUCAUUAAUUUGAUGAUGCCUAAUCUCUAGCUGUGCACUAUGAAGUAUGAGUACUAAUGACAGUCAAAAUGAACUACGUUUGUGAGUGUUCUUACUAGCAGUAUUGGUGUCCUCAAGUGCAAGCUUAACUGUAUAUUAUGUUUGGAUUCAGCCUCAACAGUGAAGAUGUGUCAACAGUUACUGAAACUAGUUAUCAACCAUGAAUGAAAUCGUUUCUCGCUUCAUGGGCUAACUCUUGCCGGAAACAGCGUGCUUCUGAAUUCGGCGUGCAGAACACUACAGGCUGUGUCAGUUUAUUGUUUGCUGAACAUACCACCCAAAAAUGACUCCACUACAAACAAAUGUUCACCGCUGCUACCGCCCAUCUCUCUCACCAUCAUAUCAGGCAGGCAGGCGGGCAGCCUACAGACUCAUCUCUUUCCACUACUGUUCUAGACAGCGUGCGGCAUGCAGCAAGCAUUUCGUUUCCCUGUCUAAUUUUGGGAAUUUUAUGCCUACCACUCUUGUACACUUAACCCAUCCAUUUAUCUCUGCUAAUUCUCCACUUGGGUGCAAACUGUUAUAUAUAUAUAUAUGCAAAAAUAAACUGUUAUAUAUCCCAUAUGUUUAGGUUUAUCAGGACCCAUCAAGUUUUCCUAUCCGAGGGUAGAUUUAUAAAAAAUAAGAAUAAGAAUUCUGAAGGCUUGAACGAUCCUUUUCACAAACGGAUUGAGAUGAAAUUGCGUGCUUUAUCUGAUAGGUUCUCUCCUUUUAAUUAUUAUUAUCAUGACGGGUAGCAUCUCCAUCUCCCUCUCAUCUUCCUCUGCUCGCUAUUGCUGCUCCGAAUUAUACAUGUUGGCAAAGAGAUGUCCCUGUUUUCCUCAGUACUAUGCACUGCUAUAUUUAUGUGGUUGUUUUUGUGUGCAUCUUAUUUUGAAACCAAGUGAGACACCUCCAUCCCCUACAUCUUGACGAUCCCUCUAGUAGUGUAUAUCUUGCGUUGCUCUCACUACCUCCUGCCCCUAGAUUUCCAAUUGCCUUUGUUGCCUGCUCAUUUAAUUAAUUAAAACUGCAUGUGUGCGUGUAAGCAUAUCAAUUUGCUGCUGUUCAUCUUCAAAAUAUAUGGAUAUACCUAUUCCUACAAUGUUUUGAUUUCCUAGGUAGGUCUGUAUUAGGCCAGUGUUUCUUCUAUGAAGAACUGUGCACUAGUGAUAAUAGUGUGAGAUUGUUAUUUACCUUUACUUUUUUGGUGCUGGUUGGUGUGUGUGCGAUCUUAAGUGCAGAUCGUUUGUCAUUCACUGUUAUUUACUUAUGUGAUCAGCACCCCAAUCCCAGGGUCCUCUAUUUGGAGCAGCAAAUCCAAGCUUGUUUGCUGCAGAUUGUUUUAUUCACUUCCUUUAGUAAUAUCAACAAAUAAAAUCAGUUGUUUGCAUCGGACUGGAUCAUUCUCACUUGUUAGUUGAGUUCUAAGUAUUUGCAUCGGAUUGGAUGAUUCUCACUUGUUAGUUGAGUUCUAAGUAUGUAGUAUCUUUAGUUCUCUUGUUAUAUUAUAGUCAGAAUUAUACCGCAUGACUGAAUCAUGUGUUAUUUAGUUGGUUGAGCAGUAUCUUUAGUUUUCUGAUGAUUAUUCAACUCUCAACUCUGAAUAAAUAAGUAGCUGACCCUAUUGGUUCUUUCUUUCUUCAGGGCUACGACUUGAUGGUCCCGCUGCAGCUUUGCUCCGUUUGAUAAUUCUUUUACUGUCUGACCUGCUCUGCUCUGCAUAGUUUCCAGUUGGUUAUAAAACCAUAAAACUGUGGUGAUGUGAGGUCCGACUAUGCUUUGUAAUUUUGGUUUCAUCCCCCACCACUCCAGCUAGCUUCUUCUUCACAUCAUAUUAUAUUUUCACCUGCUGCUGCAUCAUUGAUUGGAUGGUCACCUGCUGCUGCAUCAUAAGUAGCUUAGCUUGUUUUGCCAUCGAAUCAGUCAAUACUGUUUCACUAUGCUUGUUUCUCGUACUAGGUCUGUCAGUUACAGCAUAAACAAACAAAUUGCUUAGCUCUCAACUCUAAAUACUUAGCUAGCUGAACCUACCUGUUCUUUCUUUCUUUCUUUCUUCAGAGCUAUGACUUAUAUGGGUCAAGCUGCUGUUUUGCUGUGUUCGAGGAUACUAUUGCUGCCUGUAUACUGAUACAUUUGGUGAUAUUGAACUGAACCGAAGUUGUGAAUGUACCAUUAUUGUCCUACUGCUACUUAUCCUGGGCUCACCUGCCCUUUAAUCAAGCGCGACCCAGCUAGCUGUAUGAAAAACAACAUGUUAGGGAUGAUCACAAUUUGAUAAUCUAGAAUGAAAUUUGCAAUUCAAUAUUCCCUUGAGAUUGAGACACCUCUUGCUCCUCUAGUGUUAAUAGCUUAGUGUUUUGUUUCGGGGUUUCUUAAUGUUCUUGUGCUUCAAGAACAAUACUUAGUUUUUUUAAUCAUGCAGCUGUUACUUUUGAUUAAAAAUGUGUAUAGAUUAUCCACCUCAGCGACGCUAUCCCAAUCAGAUCAUCGUUGACACUAUCAUCAUCAGGUCUUGGUUCCCUUUAUUCUCUCCUGCCUUGUGAUGUUAGUCUGUGUGGGCUUACUAGUAUUGUAGAUGUUGUCUUGAAUGGAUGGUCGUGGUAGUAGAGUAGUACUGUACUUUUCUUCAGGUGAAUGUGUUGCAGUGACGUUUCUUGCAUGACCUGCACUUGUACCAAUAUACCUUGCUGGUACCUGUAGGUUAGUAUUGUUAGUGGCUAACAUGAGCUUGAAUGCUGUAGUGGAAGUGUAGAACAACAGCGGGUUAACGUGUUUUAUUUGCCGUAUGCAAGUCUGUUGUUUUAUUUGCCCUUUCUAGUAUUGUACAAACUGAUGCAUUCCUGUCAUAAACAAAUUAUUGUAUAAGAUAUGUAAAAGCAAACAUUUCCCUAUGCAAGUCUGUUGUUUUAUUUGCCCUUUCUAGUAUUAUAUGAUAGUGUCCAAAUUUAGGACUACUGGGUGGAUCUGCCAUGCUGCUUAUAUUAGUGUUGCCAUUGCAUUUGUUUGGUUCUGGCCUCAGCAGCAGUACACUAAUGCUGGUAGAAUUUGUGUUCACUCUUUUCCAGGAGCGCCAGGACAAAUUUGAAGUGUGAAGCCAUGAAACCAAGUGCAAAGCUGUGAUGCCUUACUUGCGAGAGAUUUGUUUAUUUUGUUUGACUGUAAUAGACUAUCGAGAUUGUGACAUUGUAACAGAUUUACUGUUAUUUGAUAAAUUACGUUUGUUCUGUUUUGUUUCAAAUAGUGAUUUAAAAAGUGUGAAAAUUGGAAACCUGACUAGUGGGAUCCACUUAUCAAAAUAAUCUGAGCAAUGUUGAAAUA